AUGCAAGAACUGGUUGCAUCGAUAUCAUCAGCUUACGUUGCCGCGUGUCUACCAGCUAUUUAUGCUGUGUACAACUGCAAGAGUUACUUCGUCGUCACUCGGGAGCUGCACGCAGUUGCUAGGUUCUUUCGGCGUCAAUCUAAGUUUUCACAAAUCGCUCUAUUUGCCUGUAUAACUCAGAGAGAACGUAACAUAAUGCUCGCAGAGGCGUACAAAAUACCAUAUCCCGCACUUCCGCUCGAGUUAUGCGAUCAGAUCAUAGACUAUCUCUGGGACAAUCCUCGGGCACUUGCAGCCUGUGGCGCGACAUCCCGCGAAUGGGUGCCCACCAGCCGCCUUCAUUUGUUCCGCCGCGCUGUCGUACACUGCGGACCGCGAUGCCGUACCUUCCAAGACCUCCUGGAGACUUCCCCGUUGUCCCCAGUUGCAGUUGCCCCGUACGUCCACGAGCUCGUCAUCAGUAGGGAGAGACCGCCACCCUUGGAGGACUACCUCUCCGAAGACGAGGACGAUUGGACUAAUGAAUCGCUCCUCUCCGUUCUGUUUUAUCUCGAUCAGGUCGAAUGCCUAACACUUCGGUCUCUCCAACCUGAGGAUCUAGAUAUAGAGGCGCGGGUGUGCCUCGGCACGUUUUCCCCCUCCAUCCAUACUCUUCACAUGGAGUCCGUCGAAUUUAAAGCCGGUAUCGUACUCAGGCAUCUGUUGUUCGGUUUCCCCAGAUUGGAAUCGGUAUCCCUACGAUCAGUAACUUGGGAGCACUGGAAGAAACCCACGGACGGAUUGGAGACAGCGUCCAAUUCUGAGGGGAAAAUCCAGAUUCACAAGCUUGUAGUGGAGGAAAUGCUGCAUAGUGAACGACAUCGGAGUCACGGGGGGAUCGAGGCCAUCACGAACAGGCACCGCGCAGGAGUGCCCUUCCAAUUCUCUCUUCGCCACUUAGAAUGGUCCUCCCAUGCGUCGGAUAAACAAUGCAACAUCCUGAAUGGGCUGUUACGGGAGGCAGGGACGUCCCUACGAACCUUUAAAAUAUCAUUCCAUCCUCGCACCGAUGAGCAAGUGUAUCUGAACGACAAACUCAACCUACUGGCCAACACUCGUCUCGAAAAUUUGCAGAUUGUCUGUCCCAGGGAUGGCUACACCAUGGUGCAGUGCGCUUGGGUACCGAUGCUCCUGAAUCGCAUCAACUCGACUCAAUUCCGAGAAGUACGGAUGGUGUUUGGCUCCUGUGGUUUCCAGGAAAUUUUCGUCGGAUUCCUGGACUGGGAAUUGACGGACCAAGCCCUGGCUGCGCUGGGUGAGCGUGUUCCACAACUGGCCAUAGUCUUCCAGAUUGGCAGACAAGACGAGGUGAUGAAUGAGUACGUGAUGACGGCUAUCACCGCGCGGUUGCCCCAGGUACGCGCUAGAGAGAUGCGCAUCGGGAUGUCCGUUACUUGCUCCGUCGUCGUCGAUGAGGCUGUGUUUUCGCGGGAACUCUUGCAGUGGUGGUAA